AUGAAGGGAGACGGCAACGCCAAGACAGAGGAAAACUCAACUGAUACAGCGGCGGCACCCGAGCCGGUGGCAGCCACGACAGAAGAAGAGAAAACCUCGACGCCUCCAGAGGAUUCUGCGGAAGAAACCCCACCACCAACCACGGAGAAUGCUGCUGGAAAAGACACCGACAACAGCAACAACAACUCGUCUUCAGAAGAACGUAUCCGUGGUGGCGGCAAGGUAUCCAAUGACCGCGGCGGCAGGAAUGCAAGGCGUCAUCAGCCCUACAACAACAAUAACAACAACAGCAACAACAAUGAACGCAUGCAGGAUGGAGACAGAUCCUGCCGUGUCUAUGUGGGCAAUUUGAGUUGGAACGUAUCGUGGCAAGAUCUGAAAGAUCACAUGAAAUCCACUGGCUUGGAAGUGGCUCGUGCCAACAUUAUGACCACUCCGGAUGGGAGAUCCAAAGGAUGUGGCAUUGUCGAAUUUACCAAUCCUGAAGGCGCCCAGCAAGCUGUCAACACUCUCAACGAUACCGAAUUGCAGGGUAGAAAUAUUUUCGUCAGAGAAGACAGGGAGGAUAGAAAUGGACCUGGACCAUCCGGCAACAGCCGAGGAGGAGGUGGCGGAUCGACAGGAAGCGGUCAACAUCGAUUCACGCCAGGAGCACAGAGCCAAAGUAGACGUGUCUACGUUGGUAACCUCUCUUGGGAUGUUAGGUGGCAAGAUCUCAAGGAUCACAUGCGCCAAGCUGGAGAAGUACUACAUGCCGAAGUCAUUUGUGAAAACAACGGUCGGUCCAAGGGCUGUGGCAUUGUCGAAUUUUCCACAGCUCCGGAAGCUCAGGAGGCUAUUGCAAAACUCACCGACUCACAGUUAAAAGGACGUCUAAUUUUUGUGCGUGAGGACAGAGAAACCAGUAGUGGAGGAGCCUCUGGAUUCCAAGGACAUCGAUCGGACAAUAGUUCCGUCUAUGUCUGGAACCUCAGCUACGAAACCAGUUGGCAAGAUCUAAAAGAUCACAUGCGCAAAGCUGGAAAUGUCGAUCAGGCGACAAUUCUGAGUGACAGCCAAGGAAACUCCAUUGGCUGUGCUGUGGUAGUGUACCAGCGCCCUCAGGAAGCGGCUAGGGCCAUUCGUGAACUCCAAAAUUCAGAGCUGCACGGAAGGGAUAUUUACCUUCGUGAGGAUCGAAACCAUGGCGCCGUUGGAGGAGGUAGACAUCAUGGAGGUGAUAGAGGAGGUCACGGACACCAUCACCACCACGGAGGAAGAGGUGGUCAUAGAGGUGGAGGAAGAGGACACGGAGGAGGCGGAAGAGGACAUGGAGAUGAUGAUAAAGGAAACAACCAUGGACACGGAGGUGGAUUCCUGUUGUUUGUCAACAAUUUGAGUUACGAGACUAGCUGGCAGGAUCUCAAGGAUCAUUUUCGUCAGUGUGGUGACGUUGAACGUGCUGAAGUCAUGACCAACGCUGAAGGGCGUUCAAAAGGUUUUGGCACGGUUCGAUUCAUGAAAGAAAAAGAGGCAGAAGCUGCAAUCGAGCGUUUGAAUGGACAAGAACUUCAAGGUCGCACUUUGGAAGUGCGAUAUGACAACAAGCAACGGUAA